AAAAAAAUCAAUUUUCAGACAUAAUCAAUCUUCAUCGUUUAACUCGCUUCCGUCUCCCACCACUGUCUCUCUCACCGCGGAAAAAAAAAAUGUCGUCCGGUUUAAUCGGAAGAUUGGUUAGAACCAAACCGUCGCGAUUAGCCACAUCAUCGGCGAGGCUAAUCCCAUCGCGAUUCUGCACGUCAUCCGCAACCGAACCGGAACCAUCGAAACCAUCGAAGUUCAAGACGUUCCAGAUCUACCGAUGGAACCCCGACAACCCUAGCAAGCCCGAGCUCCAAGACUACAAGAUCGAUCUCAAGGACUGCGGCCCCAUGGUCCUGGACGCUCUCAUCAAGAUCAAAAACGAGAUGGAUCCCUCCCUCACGUUCCGCCGCUCGUGCCGAGAAGGGAUCUGCGGGUCGUGCGCGAUGAACAUCGACGGGUGCAACGGGCUCGCGUGUCUGACGAAGAUCGAAGGAGGCGACGGGGCCAAGGAGACGACGAUCACUCCGCUGCCUCAUAUGUUCGUGAUCAAGGAUCUGGUGGUGGACAUGACUAAUUUUUAUAAUCAGUACAAGAGUAUCGAGCCGUGGCUGAAGAGGAAGAGCCCGGCGGCUGAGCCUGGGAAGGAGAUUCUGCAGAGUAAGAAGGAUAGGGCUAAGCUUGAUGGGAUGUAUGAGUGUAUCUUGUGUGCUUGUUGUAGCACUUCUUGUCCUAGUUACUGGUGGAACCCUGAGUCUUACCUUGGCCCUGCCGCUUUGCUACACGCCAACAGGUGGAUAAGCGAUAGUCGUGAUGAGUACACUAAGGAAAGGCUUGAGGCAAUUGACGAUGAGUUCAAGCUUUACCGUUGCCAUACGAUCUUGAACUGUGCUCGUGCUUGUCCUAAGGGUUUGAACCCGGGAAAACAGAUCGCGCACAUCAAGCAACUUCAGCGUUGAUGUGUAUUUGUCGUGGUCUAAACAGUUUACCGUUUAAAAGCUAAUAAGUCUACUUCACAAAGUCUUUGAUUUUGGAUUCAUUUCUUGUAUUGUUGUUGCCGAAUAUUAGCAACCUGUGGAAAAACUCUGUUGGCUAGAGUCUUGCCAAGUAGAUGAGCUUUGUGAUUGUAUCUUGCUGGAAAACUCGACUCUUUUUUAAGUAAUAAUAAAACUGCAGAAAACUUAAAUUUCA